CAGCGCUCGGGUCGGGUUUCCCCGCGAACUCCAUCUCCCAGAGGCUCUCUGCGGCAGCGCCGCCCCUUCCUGCCGGGCGCGGUACCCUCGUGACGGGACCCGCGGCGCUCUGCUGGGGGUGCGCUCCGCUCGGCUCUUCCCCCCUCACGUCCUUAUUACAGACAAAGAGGCUCGAAUGACGUGGGUGUCCCUCUGAAUUUCUGAUCCGUAACCAUUUGUAGAACCUGUUUGUCCUCGGCCUUGAAUUCGUCUGGCCUCUGUGGAGCAUCUUGGAUGCCUGCUAAGGACAAACUCUAGCCUCGGAUCUCCAUAGCUGAACAUGUUCUCUACCAGGAAGUUGUCAGGAGUUUGCAGAGCCAUCAGAUCCCGUCAUUUCAGAUCCCAUUCUCUAUCCAGGACCUCUCCAAACUUGGCUUUCGUGCCAGCUUGUCGUCCCCCAGAUCCUGUGGAAGUAGAGGAACUACAGCACUUUGUUUCUAACUCCAAGAGGCUGUUUGUAAUGACUGGAGCUGGAAUCUCAACUGAAUCAGGGAUCCCAGACUACCGCUCCGAAGGUGUCGGGCUCUACGCCAGGACGGACAGACGGCCUGUCCAGCAUGCUGACUUUGUUCGUAGUGCCAGUGCCCGGCAGCGGUACUGGGCAAGGAACUUUGUGGGCUGGCCCCAGUUCUCCUCCCACCAGCCAAACACAGCACACCUGGUCCUAAGAGACUGGGAGAAGCUGGGGAAGCUGCACUGGCUGGUGACGCAGAACGUGGAUGCCCUUCACACCAAAGCCGGGAGCCAGCGCAUGACUGAACUGCAUGGCUGCACACACAGGGUUUUCUGCCUGGGCUGUGGAGACCAGAUCUUGCGCUCUGAGCUUCAGGAGCACUUUGAAGCUUUGAAUCCUACCUGGAAAGCUGAAGCAUUUGGUGUGGCUCCAGAUGGGGAUGUCUUCCUGACAGAUGAGCAGGUGCGUGAUUUCCAGGUCCCAGCCUGCCGUAAAUGUGGUGGAAUCCUGAAGCCUGAUGUGACAUUCUUUGGAGACACAGUGAGCCGGGAAAAAGUGGAUUUUGUGCAUCAGCGCUUGGCGGAAUCAGACUCUAUGCUGGUGGCAGGAUCCUCUAUGCAGGUAUACUCCGGUUACAGGUUUGCUCUUGCUGCCCAGGAGAAGAAGCUACCAAUUGCAAUCCUCAACAUUGGGCCCACAAGGUUAGAUCACUUUGCAUCCUUAAAACUGAAUUCCCGCUGUGGAGAGCUGCUGCCUUUGAUUGCUGUACACGACUCAACAAGCUGAGCUUUAGUAGCUACAGGGAGUAAAAUUAUUUCUACAAGAACUCAUCAUCUCAGAAAGGGAAAACCUCAACCCAGUGCGUGGCCCCUGACGACACCAGGAGAGGGCAGCAAGCCUCGCACAUAUCAACCCCACUAGUUUUCUCCAUUGAAACCAUCUCCACUUACAGGAAAUGGGAUGAUGAUGAAAAAAGUACUUUUCUGCCUUACCUUGCCAUUGUAAACAGUGACUUUUCUUUUCAUUCACUGCGACAGGGUAAUCAGACUGUCAAAUCUGAGAACAAAAUACCUUUCUUAUACCUGUCCCCAGAGAAGAAUGAGGGACAGGGCUUUUGAGCAGUAACUUGAGGCUACAGCACAGGAGGGCGAUAUAGAAAACCACGCGAUCUGCCGGAAGAGCCAACACCACUAGUGAGCAGCUGUGGUGCGUGCAAAGAGGAAAGGGAGGCAAGAAGAACUGCGGUUGUCAUUUAAAAAAAAUGGUUCAAAAUAGAAGCUGAACAAGAAUACUGCUCUUGUAAGAGAUUAUUUGAAAGCACAAACUACAUGGCUGACGUCUUCUAGCAAGAAGAGGGAGUCAGCAUUUCGCUCAACUGUCAGUUGACAAGCUAAACUGCUUACUAUCUGAAACCUUUAAAAUUAUAUAUUGUUGAGAUGCCAGAGGAGUUAUUUUAAGCUAAUCUGAGCAGCUCUGCUUUCAGUGUGGCUGCUACAUUUUCCAGAACAUAUUUUUUGAAGAUGUUAUUUAAUUAAUGAAUAGCUAACUAGUGAAUUAAAUCUGUUUACAAGACUGAUACUAUUUGCAUUGUAAUUUCCUUUCCCUCCUAUGAUUUAUUUAAGUAUAGCCUCAGCAGCCAGUUUAGAUUCAUUUUUUCCAUUGCAAAAAUGCAGGAUGUAAUUACUAACAGCUGAUGAAUUAAGAAAGAUAUACAAUUAAAUCUGUACAAUAGUUCUCCCUCAGGAGGUAAUCUCAAGCUAUUAAUAGAUGUAAUUUUCCACACUCCUAACAGGAGAUCCAUCACUACUGGGUAAUCUUUUUUU